GGAUCCCUGUAACAAACUAAUCCCCCCAAAGCCAAACAUCUGUAAUCAUAUCCAACAAACUUACAAAAAUUCACAUGGAUUUUAGCAUACAAACAAAACACAAAGCAACAAAAACACCCGAAAUGACCUAUACACAUGACCGGUAUAUCAACUUACCUACAUACACAUUUUUUUAUGAAGAUAGGAGGGGUCUGCCACAUGAUUAUCCGUAUGGUAUGGUAGAUAUUUUAUAUGGGUUAUUCAUAUCUACCAUAGAUGUUGGUCACAGGCCUAUAAAGGGUUGUGAUUUUAAUGUGCACACCAAGUGUUCGAGGAAUUGUCUGAGAGAAGUUCAGAGUUUUUUUUUUCAAAGAUCAAUUUUUUUCUUUGAAGGGUAUAUGUUGGGUGAGUGAUUGAACAUAAUAUUGUUGAAAGUUUGUGGGAAUGUGAGUGGAUGAGGGUGUUUUUUGUUGGUAAAGUUGAGGUCUUUUGGUUUUAAGUAUAAGACUUAAAUGGAUACAAAGACACCUUUGUUGUCAAGUGAGGAAGAGUCGAAGCACGUUAGAAGGCAUAGGCGUACGUCGGUUACUACCCUGCGAGGCGAUUUCCUUUCGAAAUUGCCGGAAAAGGUUCGGUGUGGUCUUGACCCUGAGGCUCCAUUGCAGGUUGACCUUUCGAAAACUACUGGACUGAUAGAAGGGGAGAAAGAAUACUAUGAAAAGCAGUUUGCAGCUUUGAAAUCUUUUGAGGAAGUUGACUCUUUAAGGUCAAACAGUGCCACUGACAAUGAAGAGGAAGAAUUGAUAGAAGAGGCUCAACAUGAAAGAGCAAUCAACAUUUCUAAUUGGGCAAACGUAUUUCUACUUGCACUUAAGAUUUAUGCAACGGUGCAAAGUGGAUCGUUAGCGAUUGCAGCAUCAACACUGGAUUCUUUGCUUGAUCUAAUGGCAGGGGGUAUACUAUGGUUUACUCACCUAUCGAUGAAAAGCAUUAAUAUCUAUAAAUACCCGAUCGGAAAAUUGCGAGUGCAGCCUGUUGGCAUUAUCAUAUUUGCCGCAAUUAUGGCCACUCUCGGAUUUCAAGUACUGAUACAGGCAGUGGAGCAGUUAAUUAGGAACUCACCAUCUGAAAAGAUGAGUGAUUUUCAGUUAAUAUGGUUAUACGCAAUCAUGCUGACUGCUACAGGUGUCAAACUGAUACUUUACAUAUACUGUAGAAGCUCUGGUAACAAGAUUGUUCGAGCUUACGCCAAGGACCAUUACUUUGAUGUGGUGACUAAUGUGGUGGGUUUGGUUGCUGCUAUUCUCGGUGACAAGUUUUAUUGGUGGAUUGAUCCUGCUGGUGCCAUAAUUCUUGCGGUCUACACAAUUACGAAUUGGUCGGGGACUGUUAUGGAAAAUGCAGUUUCACUUGUUGGACAAUCCGCACCUCCUGAUUUUCUACAAACACUUACAUAUCUUGUCUUAAGGCACCAUCCUAAAAUCUCACGUGUGGACACCGUUCGGGCCUACACAUUUGGUGUUCUAUAUUUUGUUGAGGUUGACAUAGAGUUGCCUGAAGAUCUGCCAUUGAAAGAAGCCCAUGGGAUCGGGGAAUCGCUGCAAAUCAAGAUAGAAGAGUUACCAGAAGUGGAGCGCGCUUUUGUUCAUCUUGAUUACGAGUGUGAUCACAAACCGGAGCACUCUGUUCUUAGCAGACUUCCCAACAGUCAGCCUUGAAGGGUUUGGUUUAUCUACUGAAAGACUCUAGUUUGCAGUUGGUUGGAUCGAGUUUAAGUCUUUGUGAAACAUGGGUUCGAGUUAAGUUUGUGGAGGACCGAGUUUGGUUAAGUUUUCAAUCAAUGGCAAAGCCAGGUGGUUUACUCUUUCUAGUUUCUUUUGUGAUACCGAGUGUUUGGAACUCUAGAAUUCUGAAUAUUUAUUGAAGCUCAAGUAUUAAAAAGAAAUGAAUUUAGGCUUGUUCGAUUUC